AUGGAUCCUGCCGAGGCCGCGCCCGUCGUGGAUCCCGUCACCAUGGACCCCGCCAUCGUGGAUCCCGCCGCCGUGAACCCCGCCGCCGUAGAUCCCGCCGUCGCUGCUGUAGAUCCCGUCGCCGUAGACCCCGCCGCCGUCGUAGAUCCCAGUGUCGUGCUGCCGCCGCCGCCUCCGGGCCCCACGCCAUCGUCGCUGGCCGCUGCCACGACCGCCCCUGCCUCGUGCGCAGCCACGGCCGCCGCUGGCACCACGCGCUGCGCCGGUGCCACAGCGUUGAGGGAGGAGGGGAGGAGGGAAAGGCCAGUCGGGGAGGGAGGAGAAGGGCGGUGGGGAGACGACAGGAGGGGAAGAGCAGCAGUGGGAGGAAAAUGA